AAAAAUAAGAAUGCUAUUUAUUCUAGUUCGUGCUUAAUAACAUAUAAAGAAUAAAUUUCGAAUAAAUCAAAACAAAAUGCUUCUUGCAAACCGUCUGACAUUUAAGCAAACGUUGAUGUUGUUUGCAGGAUUCCAGGGGAUUUUUAUCAUCGUCUAUGUUUCAUCAAGCAAUAUAGACAAUAACUGUCCUGAAAAUAGCAAUAAUGAACACAAGAGAAGCAUCCAUGGCGCAUUCAAAAUGGAGCAAACAAUUCCAGAUGAACUAAAACUUUCCAGGUCAUCUAAACUUGAUAUUCAAUCAUACAAAGGCAAAUAUGAUGCAACAUGGGCCUCUUUAGACACAAGGCCAAUACCAGAAUGGUACGAAGAUGCUAAAUUGGGUAUCUUCAUUCAUUGGGGUGUCUAUUCUGUCCCAAGUUUUGUUGACGUUGGAACAAAAGGAUUGGCAGAAUGGUUUUGGUACAACAUGAAAUCUGGAAUAGAGGGUGAAACUCAGAGUGAUGCAACACGCAGUGUGCAGAAAUUCAUGAAAGAAAACUACCCUCCUGGAACUGAAUACACUGACUUUGCUCCUAAAUUUACUGCAGAGUUUUACAAUGCAACUUGGUGGGCUGAUGUCUUUAAAGGCUCAGGUGCAAAGUAUGUUGUUUUGACAAGUAAGCAUCACGAUGGAUUUACGUUGUGGCCAUCUAGAAAGUCUUGGAACUGGAAUGCAUUAGACAAUGGCCCUCAUAGAGAUGUCCUCGGUGAACUAGCUAGAGCAGUUAAGAAAAGUGGCAUUCAUUUCGGAGCCUACCACUCACUUUAUGAAUGGUUCAACCCUCUCUAUAGAAAUGACAAAGGCAAUAACUACAAGACUGAUGAUUAUGUUCAGGAAAAGCUUCUCCCAGAGCUUAUUGACCUUGUGACCAAAUAUGAGCCUGAGGUGUUAUGGACUGAUGGACAUUGGGACACUGAUUCCACCUAUUGGAAGAGUAAAGAGUUCCUUGCAUGGCUGUAUAACAAAAGCCCUGUUAGAGCUACAGUGGUGAUAAACGAUAGAUGGGGCACUGAUGCAGAUUGCAAACAUGGAGGUUUCCUCACCUGUAUGGACAGGUACAAUCCAGGCAAGCUUGUCUCUAGAAAGUGGGAGAACUGCAUGACUAUAGAUAGAGAGUCUUGGGGGUACAGGCGUAAUGCUAAAUACCUGGAUUACUAUGAUAUGGAUGGUCUUACUCAGAUACUAGCUGAGACAGUUAGUUGUGGUGGUAACUUACUAAUGAAUGUUGGGCCAACUGCAGAUGGGCGUAUCUCCCCGAUAUUUGAGGAAAGAUUACGCCAAAUGGGAGAAUGGCUUUCAGUAAAUGGAGAAGGAAUAUAUGCCACCAGACCUUGGUUGUAUCAAUCUGAACCAGAGGCUUCAGUGUGGUACACAAGAUCAAAAGAUGGCAGCACAGUAUAUGCAAUCAUGCUAGACUGGCCUGACGAUGACAACCUAUCUCUCACACACCCGAAGCCAUCAGAUAAAACCAAAGUGACUUGGUUAGGAUAUACAGGGACGCUGAAAUGGAGUAAAGUCUCAAAUGGAGGUCUACAGAUUCAGUUGCCAAAGGUCUCAAUGAAUAAGAUCCCCUGCCAAUGGGCCUGGGUAUUUAAGAUGGAGCACCUCGAAAAUACAGUUUAAUUUUAAUUUUUUAUUGUGCCAUACCCGUGUAUUCGAUUUUUCUGAUAAAUCCUGCUUUUUUGCUACACCAACACUGUACAGUGUACUGGCUAUAUGGUUGCUGGCACUUUAAAAGUACAAUGCCAUUGUAUGGCACCAGGUAGCAUAAAUUACUGGAUUUAUGUAUGGGUUUGUUCAUUUACUCCAGAGCAUGAAAUGUUCAUUAAUUUUUUGUUAUUGCUUGGGUACUAUCCAGUUUCCAUCAUAUUCAUGUAUCAUUGCUUCAGUGAGGCCCUUAACCUUACUUUCUUCUUAUGCAUGAAUCCCUUCUUUUAAACUCUGAUACCACAAGCAUGCUGAUGGUAUGAUGGAAUCUGGAUGUUCUUCAAGAUGUGCAAUUUUACCAGCUCACUGAGAAAGGGUUGUGCUGUUAAUGCAUAUCAUAAAAUGAUAUUUACUGUUAAGGGGAUUGUACAGAUGGUAUGUAAAUAAGCUAAAUAGCUGACUGCAGUAAAACCUGUAUAUAGUGAACACCUGUUCAGCCACAAAAAAGUGUUCACUGUAAGUAAGUGUUCACUAUAGCAGGGGUUUCACUAGAAUUUCUCAUAACAGGCAAAAUUAAUGGAAAUUAUGAAUUUAACAUGGAAAAGUUUAAAACAACGGGUGAAAAUCGCCUGUUGCCUGCUGCUAAUGA